CAGGCUGUGGCCUCAUUAGUUUCUUUACGAUAGAAAUGACUUGUGAUUUCAAAUUAAUUGAUCAUUUUAGACAUUUAUAUUUUCACUAUUACAUGUGUUUGCAUGUAUUUAUGUACAUGUGUGCAUGAGUCAGUACUUGCUUUAAUAAUGUGCACAUUUUCUUUUUCUCUGAAGACCGUCCACGACAUGAAGAUGUUUCGCUCCUGUCCUUUUGUUUGCUGGUAUGUAUAUCUGGUUGCAGCACUUAGCUGGUUACAGACUUGGUCGAAGGACAAAAAUACUCUCACAAACACACAGCCAAACAAGAGCUAACAAUUCACAGCGGUCACAAGUAUUUAGCAAACAAAAAACGAUGUAUAUGUGUUUGUAUGUGUGUUUGUGAGUGUGCGGAGAGGAAUCUGCAAGCACGCGCGCGCACGUGCACGCACACCGGGUGCUGCUCUUUUAAAUCCACCUGUUCACAGCUCUUCCCCGCGCGCUCCGCUCGCUUCUGCUGAUAGGUCUGUGAGGGUGAGAGCAGCGUUUAUUGCCGCCUGUGUGCUGUGCACUGUGGCAGGGCUCCUCUCUAACAGCAGCUCAGCGCAGAGGCCGCAGCAGCAGGGCUCCUGCCGCCGCUGAAUGGAUUACCUACUUAUUCACCUUCCCCGAGUGGCUCUGCGUGGACACCUCCUUGUCUCGGCGCCUUUCUGUGAUUUCUAUGCUCGCCGGGACUGCGACCACUGAUCAUGCACUGAUUUGCGAGCAGCUCUGACUUCGGAGUCGCCUCGCUGCUGCUGGUGCUGCUGGGUGGACGCACAGCUGAUCAUCCGGAGAGGGGCUUUCUGCAACAAAUUGUUGCAAACAUUGUGAGGGGCGAAGUCAUGGUGCCAGCACCGCCUCGGCUUUCUAUGGCACUGUGAGAACUUUCUUUUCAUACACCCCUUGCCCCUCUUUCUUCUUCCCCCUUGCCUCUCUUUUGUUUUAGAUGUUUGGCUGCAGGAUCGUGCUUCCUCGGGAAAUUAUCCACGUUUCCCUUUUCAAUUAUGUUCACGUUUGCUGCCUUCUGCUACAUGCUGUCUCUGGUCCUCUGUGUGUCCCUGAUUUUCUUCGCAAUAUGGCAU